GGCUUCCGAGAUGCGCGUGCAUGUCCUGGGUCGCGAUGUUGACUGCUGUUGUGGUUGGCACUUCCACAUUCAACGAGACAGCUCGCUUUGAAUUGCGUGCUAGCAUGGAGGCGGCCCCGAUCAGCCCAUGGGUGCGAACGACGCCCACUCCCCUGAAUUUGCCUAGUACAAAGUGAAAGUGGUCCGUUGGGUAGCGUAGUCCACGUUCGCAUUCUCCGAGAUCACUUGGAUCAGCACAAAAUGGUGGGUGUUGAUCCUGGAGAAGGAUCUCGAUCGAACGAGUCGGCGUUUUUUCGUUCAAUCGCGUCAUCUCCAUCCCAGGCAGCCGCGGAUAUCCAGCCAAGAAUGCCAGUGUUGUCGAUUCACGCUAGUCAAGAUGCUCUCAAUCUGGUCGUCCGUUCUGUGACUCGCUGGGCACAGCUGCUCAGAGUGCCCACGACCAAUCUUCUUUUGGCUCGUCCCUGGCUCGCCUCGUCUCGUCUCUUGGGCUGGUCUCCGUUCUUGGGCCUCGUUUGUGGUAUGAACCGUGCUGCCUAUGCCCGACCCGUCUUGCCCCUCCCCAUUAUCGGCUUUCUGUCGAGACCAUGCUUCGGGACGGCGUUACUUCUCCUGAAGGCCAACGUGGAUGCAGCCUCGUUCCUGUUCAGAUUGAGCAUCGGCCUGAGAGGCUCAAAUGCCCCAGUCAUGGCUGUUCGUCUGGAACAUUCUGCUGGAUCUUCUGCUUGAAUCACUUCUCAGGAGCGUCUCCUUAACAGUUCCAGAUGCUGCGGGACCCGCGACACCGCAGGCCGGCAUUCAACGACGACUGUACCAUAGUAUGCUGAGCAAGCCGCUUUUGCACUUGGCAAUCCUUUAUAGUUCAGCUUCGCCGUGAGGUUUUCGGGUGUUUCACGAGGG